UUAUGUGGUGCUUUUCUUUACUUUUCAUCAUCCCAUUUUCCACGCAUCCAUCCUUAUAUGGAUAGAUAGCUCGUGUUCUCGUUGUUGCUGGGUCUUCUUGAAUCUCGAUUCUUUUUGUGAUUCUUCCCGAGCUUUUGGGUCCUGGUCAGAUGUUGUUUCUUUUGGGGGUUCUGGAGCUGAGCGAUCUGGCUCUGCCGAAUCAGCAGACUGUCGAUUACCCGAGCUUCAAGCUCCUCAUCGUCGGCGAUGCUGGCACAGGCAAAACGACUUUUGUGAAGAGACAUCUCACUGGGGAGUUUGAAGAGAAAUAUGAGCCAACUAUUGGCGUCGAAGUCCAUCCUCUGGAUUUCUUCACAAACCGCAGGAAGAUGCGGUUUUACUACUGGGAUACUGCAGGGCAGGAGAAGCUUGGUGGUCUAAGCGAGGGAUAUUACAUUCAUGGCCAGUGUACAGUUAUCAUGUUCGACGUCACUGCUUGAUGGACAUACAAGAAUGUUCCUAUAUGGCAUCGCGAUCUCUGCAGGGUCUGUGAGAAUAUACCCAUUGUUCUCUGUGGAAACAAGGUAGAUGUGAAGAAUGGGCAAGUUGAAGCAAGGCAGGUUACAUUCCAGCGGACGAAGAAUUUGCAGCUGUACUAUGAAAUUUCUGCAAAGAGCAAGUACAACUUGGAGAAACCCUUCCUCUGCCUCGCCAGAAAACUUGCCGGGGAUCCAAAUCUGCACUUUGUUGAGCCUUCUGCUCUUGCACCUCCGGAAGUGCACAUGGACUUUGCCCCACAGCAGCAGCAUGAGGCAGAACUUGCUGAAGCAGCUAUUCAGCCACUUCCCGAUGGCAUCGCUACAAAAGCAUUUUUUACAUUUGGAGACGGUAAUGGGCAUUCGAGACGGCGGGUGGUUUCAGCCUGCAUCCUUUCGAUUUUGGAGUUCUACAUUUUUUUUUUUUACCCAAAUUUUGGAGUUCUACAUUGGGGAAGCGAGAUGUUUUCGCUUUUCUGGUUCUGCUAAAUUACGUAAUUGUUUCCGCUUGAUUUAUCAAAUUGACCUCAAUUUCGGCAAACAUGUAUUGAUAGUUAACAGCAUAUAUAUAUUUUUUAGACAAUUGCGGUACAUGGAUGCUGUUAGGGGUGUUAAAUAGGUGGGACGGUUCAAAGAUGGUCCAACCUAGAUUAAUUCAUUUAAUUUGUAUUGAUCCAUUCUUAUGUAAUACAAUUUUGAUAAUUUGUAUUCACCUGAUUUGU